CGGGUGGAGGGGGUCCGCGCUCAAACCCGCGUGUCCCUGGCCAUGUCGUCUUUAAUGCCCUGCCCCUUUAGUGUACCUUCUGAGGGUAUCCAGGGCUGGCUGGGGUUGCUUCCCAUCGGCGCUCUCCUACUCACCCCCAACCAAACCCUGGGGGUAGGACUCCCCAGAGCCCAGACCUUUUGACUCCUGCUAUCUUGCUGCAGCCUCCGCCCCCGCCUGGGGGGUGGCCCUCGAGAGCCGGACCUCUCCCGGCCCGCGACAAAGGACCAUGGUGUUUCUCUCCGGAAAUGCCUCGGACAGCUCCAACUGCACUCACUCGCCUGCACCGGUGAACAUUUCUAAGGCCAUUCUGCUCGGGGUGAUCUUGGGCGGCCUUAUCAUUUUCGGGGUGCUAGGAAACAUCCUAGUGAUCCUCUCGGUGGCUUGUCACCGGCAUCUGCACUCGGUCACUCACUACUACAUCGUCAACUUGGCCGUGGCCGACCUUCUACUCACUUCCACAGUGCUGCCCUUCUCUGCCAUCUUCGAGAUCUUGGGCUACUGGGCCUUCGGCAGGGUCUUUUGCAAUAUCUGGGCGGCAGUGGACGUCCUGUGCUGCACAGCGUCCAUCAUGGGACUUUGUAUUAUAUCCAUCGACCGCUACAUCGGCGUGAGCUACCCACUGCGAUAUCCUACCAUUGUGACGCAGAGGAGGGGUCUCAUGGCUCUACUCUGCGUCUGGGCUCUUGCUCUUGUUAUCUCCAUAGGGCCUCUGUUCGGCUGGAGGCAGCCGGCUCCGGACGAUGAGACUAUCUGCCAGAUCACGGAGGAGCCAGGCUAUGUGCUAUUCUCAGCUCUGGGCUCCUUCUACGUCCCUCUUGCCAUCAUCCUAGUCAUGUAUUGCCGAGUCUAUGUGGUGGCCAAGAGGGAGAGUCGGGGCCUCAAGUCCGGCCUCAAGACCGACAAGUCGGACUCUGAACAGGUGACGCUCCGCAUCCAUCGAAAAAACGUCCCUACAGGGGGCAACGGAACGUCUAGCGCCAAGAACAAGACAAACUUCUCAGUGAGGCUCCUCAAGUUUUCCAGAGAGAAGAAAGCGGCCAAAACGCUAGGCAUUGUGGUCGGCUGCUUCGUCCUCUGCUGGCUGCCUUUUUUCUUAGUGAUGCCUAUUGGGUCUUUCUUCCCUGAUUCCAAGCCUUCAGAAACCGUUUUUAAAAUAGCAUUUUGGCUCGGAUACCUAAACAGCUGCAUCAACCCCAUCAUAUACCCAUGCUCCAGUCAAGAGUUCAAAAAGGCGUUUCAGAAUGUCUUGAGAAUCCAGUGUCUCCGCAGAAAGCAGUCUUCCAAGCAUGCUCUGGGUUAUACCCUUCACCAGCCCAGCCAGGCCCUGGAGGGGCAGCACAAGGACAUGGUACGCAUCCCAGUGGGAUCAGGCGAGACCUUCUAUAAGAUCUCCAAAACGGAUGGGGUCUGUGAAUGGAAAUUUUUCUCUUCCAUGCCCCGUGGAUCUGCCAGAAUUACAGCGCCCAAAGACCAAUCAGCCUGCACCACAGCCCGGGUGAGAAGUAAAAGCUUUUUGCAGGUCUGCUGCUGCGUAGGGCACUCAACCCCCGGCCUCGAAGAGAACCAUCAAGUUCCAACCAUUAAGAUGCACACCAUCUCCCUCAGUGAAAAUGGGGAGGAAGUCUAGAGGACAGGAAAGGUCAGAAGGAAGGGGGGAUGAUUUUAAGUAUCCACUCCACAUCCUAUUAAGACAGCCAG